UGUUUCUUUUUCAGUAUUUUUAGUUUUGAAUAUGAAGCCUUAUCGCACCAAAUUCCACCACCCAUCAGAUUUUGUGACCUCACAGGAAUUUCAGCUUUAUUUUGAUGGGUGUUAAAAAUGAUGUUUACACAUUUAGAUCGCUGUUCACCAAAGACUGUGAUAUGAUAAUAGGAAUACCUCGUAAGCAGAUGUUUUUAUAGUGUACUGGUUGAUUGAUCACUAACACCUCACCUGACAACGUCUGGUCCACACUUUGGGCUUUCGUCAUAUAGUUGAUGCUCCAAUGUCAGAGAUUUUGACAAAUCCCAACUAUCAGUAUUUGACACGUGUCGAUACAGAAGCUAUCUGAGGAAGUGUGAUUAAAAAAACAACUUCUGAAGUGUCAAUACAGCUGAAAUUCAUAAUGACGUCACAUAAUUUGGUGUUUAAAAUGUUGCAUAGUAACGUUUCCGCCCGACGCUCGAGCUGGAACAAUACGUGUCAAAGUUUGUUUUUCCUUCGUUGCGUUCCUUCUCGGCUGACGGUGUCACGGAGAGGAGGGACGUCACGAACGUUGCCACGGUGUUUUAAUUAUUAAAGAAUUCCACGCGAGCGUUGUGUGUCGGCUCGUUGCCCCGGAGACGGCUCGUGCACUUGUCGCUAUAGGAAACCUGGUGCAGAGGAACCAGCACGCGCCGACUAUCUGAACGUUCUAGAAUUCCGCUGUAGGAUGUCUGCACUUCCUGUGAAGCCUGGCCUGCGCCACAGUGUGUCAGAGUGGAACAGCAACAACCACCAGCUGUCUGCCACGGCUCAGCAUGAGCGAUUUGUUUCCAGUGUGAUCCGGCAGGAGGGGAGGUCACUACGCAACGAGACCAACUGUAAGACCACCUGGGAUGAAAGCGAUACCUGUCGCAGGCUGAGGGACCGGGCGUGGGAUGUUGCCCGGCGGAAAGAGGAGCUGGAAACCUGCGCACAGAGAGUGGAUGAAGAGAUGGCGGCUCUGACCCUGUCCAAAGAGCAAACGGAGCAGGCCCUGGCUGCAACUGCCGUUCCCCUGGAGGUCGGCGGCGAAUGCUUGACGCUGAGGGACGGACGGCGAGGGUGCGAGCUCGCCGUCGACCCCGUGGACGAACAGCUGAAGAAGGAGGUGGCGCUGAUUGAGAGAAUGCAGCAAGUUCUGCAGCAGCACAUCGACGAGGCCUUCGAGCAGCUGUGUGUUUUGCAGGAGGCUCGGCACCAGCUGACCGCUGACCUCCAGAACAAGAUGGACGCCCUGGACAUUGAUAUGUCGUGCCUGUCGCUUACCAUCAAGUCGCCUCAGAUCUCCCUGAAGACCAACCCAACCCGCAUACCAUCGGGUUCCUCCACCCCCCAGGAAUGGGUCCAGUUCAGCCAGUAUAAUGUGGCCCGUGCCCAGGAGGCCAUGCAGGUGUCCCAGCAAAUGAGGGAGGACAUGAGUCUCACCAGAGCCCAGUUGCAGAAUGAGUUGGACACUCGGCGCCGUGCCACGGAGUUCGCCCUUCGUAAGCGCAUUCACCAUGAAGAGCAGGCCCGUGACGAGCUGGAGUGGCAAAUAAGAAAUACUGAAGAUGAAAUGGCAGAAAUGGGGAGAGACAUCCACGGCCUGGAUGCAGAUGUGCUGGCAAAGACGGCCUCCCUGAAACUGGCUCAUACUCGACUGGAGAACAGGACCAGCAGAGCUGGCAUGGAUCUGUGCAGAGACGAGGUGCAGCACGGCCUCGUUAAUGAAGUCCAUCAGCUGGAGGCUACAAUCAGGGCUCUGAAACAGAAGCUGUCUGAAGCUCAGCACUCUAUGCAGAAGAUGAAGCUCCAUCAUUCCCGCAUGUUGCAGGAUCUUUCCAGGAAACAGGAAGCCCUGUCUCUGGAACAACGGAGCGUGAACACCCGCUCCCGCCUCCCAACAACCUCCAGCACUGAGAAAACCCCGGUGCUGCUGGUUCCACUCACGAACUCCAGCGGCAGGAGCAACCUGCAGCUGCUGGCUCAGUAGCAUGAGACGGGGUCCAGUUUGUGAAGGGAAGGGACAUAGCUCAACACAUAGAUGAGGGUGAUUCCUUCAUUUUUAGCUUUCACUUUAUGUUUUUCUGUCCACACUUGAGAUACAUUCAAGUCUCUUAACUUCUUGAAUGAAUUAAUCCUCCCCAUUACUGCUGGAGGACAAUUUUAUCUAUUUAUUUAAAAAACAGAAGUAUUCUUCUGACCUGUGUAGACCUUUGUGUGGUUCAUUUGCUCUGUGUUGUGUUAAUAAUCACAAGUAACUGUAAUGUGGAUUAUAUGCUUGUUUCCUCUCGUCUUAAUUAA